GCUAAAGCUGAAUGCAGUCAACAGCUAGACUUUCAGAGGAGAUUGGGUUUUUCACGCAUCGUCAUGACUGAGACCUGGAGCCUCUUACUGUGGACAUUGCCUCUGAGCAGGUAUGAAUCCAGGUUUUGACAUGAUGACCAAAAAAGAUCUUCGCACAUCUCUCAUUGCAGCUUUCAGACCUUUCCCAAGGGCGGCUCAAGGUAGGCCCAAAUGCAGACUUCCAAACCAGAGGUGUUUGUUGGGUAUUUCUGUAACGAAGAAGACGCACACCUCUCAAAUUGAAAUUAUUCCAUGCAAGAUCUGUGGAGACAAAUCAUCAGGAAUCCAUUAUGGUGUCAUUACCUGUGAGGGCUGCAAGGGUUUUUUCAGGAGGAGUCAGCAAAGCAAUGCCACCUACUCCUGUCCUCGUCAGAAGAACUGUUUAAUUGAUCGAACUAGUCGAAACCGUUGCCAACACUGUCGAUUACAGAAAUGCCUGGCUGUAGGGAUGUCUCGAGAUGCUGUAAAGUUUGGCCGAAUGUCAAAAAAGCAGAGGGACAGCUUAUACGCAGAAGUGCAGAAACAUCGGAUGCAGCAGCAGCAACAGAGAGAUCACCAACAGCAACCUGGAGAGGCAGAACCGUUGACCCCAACCUACAAUAUCACUACGAAUGGGCUAACAGAACUGCAUGAUGACCUCAGUAAUUACAUUGAUGGGCAUACCCCUGAAGGUAGCAAAGCAGAUUCUGCAGUUAGCAGCUUCUACUUAGACAUACAGCCUUCUCCAGACCAGUCGGGGCUCGAUAUAAAUGGAAUCAAACCAGAACCGAUAUGUGACUACACACCAGCAUCGGGCUUCUUUCCAUAUUGCUCUUUUACAAACGGAGAGACUUCUACUGUGUCCAUGGCAGAAUUAGAACAUCUUGCACAGAACAUUUCCAAAUCACACAUGGAAACCUGCCAGUACUUAAGGGAGGAGCUACAGCAAAUAACAUGGCAAACCUUUCUGCAAGAAGAAAUUGAGAACUACCAGAACAAGCAGAGGGAAGUAAUGUGGCAAUUAUGUGCGGUGAAAAUAACAGAAGCAAUACAGUACGUGGUAGAGUUUGCCAAACGCAUUGAUGGCUUUAUGGAAUUGUGUCAAAAUGAUCAAAUUGUGCUUUUAAAAGCAGGGUCUUUAGAAGUUGUAUUUAUCAGAAUGUGCCGUGCCUUUGACUCCCAGAAUAACACAGUGUACUUUGAUGGCAAAUAUGCUAACCCCGAUGUCUUCAAGUCAUUAGGUUGUGAAGAUUUCAUUAGUUUUGUUUUUGAAUUUGGAAAAAGUUUAUGUUCUAUGCACCUUACCGAAGAUGAGAUUGCGUUAUUUUCUGCGUUUGUUUUAUUGUCUGCAGACCGUUCAUGGCUUCAGGAGAAGGUAAAAAUAGAAAAGCUACAGCAGAAGAUUCAGUUAGCACUUCAGCAUGUCUUGCAAAAGAACCAUCGAGAAGACGGAAUUUUAACAAAGCUAAUAUGCAAAGUGUCUACUUUACGAGCACUGUGCGGGCGACAUACAGAAAAGCUAAUGGCAUUUAGAGCAAUAUAUCCAGACAUUGUGCGACUUCAUUUUCCUCCAUUGUACAAGGAGUUGUUCACUUCAGAAUUUGAGCCAGCGAUGCAAAUUGAUGGGUAAACAUAUCACCUAAGCAUUUCUAGAAUGUCUGAAGUACAAACGUUAACAAGGAAAGAAAAAACAAAAAGAUAAAUGAAACAAGACACUUUAUAUGGCCCUGCAUAGACAUAGGGAGCCAACUCACUGCACAUCUUCUGGCGAUCGGGGUCAGGCAAAAAAAAAAAAAGGAUGGGAAAAAUGAAACAAAAGUUGAACUUGUUUUUCUCAUGCAUAUGAUUUCCAUUACGCCUACCGAUAUGGACCCUUUUUCUGUCUCAACUUCUCAGUCGUCUGACCUCUGUUUACACAGAAUGAGGGUACUAAAAAUCAGGAGGUUUCCUUUCCCUUGUAACUCACUGCCCACAGACUUUCAAUAGAACAACGUUUUGUUUGGUUAAGAACGGUUUGUCUCCAGCUAGAAACCAGCGCCUGGUGUGCAUUGCAGAGGCUUCAGCAUCAGUUUUGCACAGCUUGCUCAUUGUUUCAUGAAGGACGAUUUCUUUUCAUCCGGUUGUCGACUUGCCGGUAGGCAGAACGGCAUGAAAAGGGUCCAUAAGCAAUAGCAACAAUAGCAUUUAUAAUCUAUUACAGGGUAAAUGGGCAUGAAGUCUAUAUAUAGCAAAAGAGAAUAUUGUUUAUAUAUUGUUUUGAUUAAUAUAAAAAUGUAGUUACUGGUAUAGCUUUUAUUGUUGAAUUGAUAAGGCACUUUCAUUUUGCACUUUUUUUUUUCCCUUUUAAAUUAUAUAUGCUAGCGUGUUCAUUGUCGUGCUGCAUGUGCACCAGAAAUCCAAGUUUAACUGAGGGAGGUUUGGAAGGUAUUGGGACACUGCAAGGUGUUUUCUGCUGCUGUUUUCCACAUUUACUUUUUAAAGAGAGGCUGGUCAUAUCAUGAAACACCUUCAGUGUUUUUUUGUGUAAUUGGGCAGGGAGCGACAGGGGACAGGUUUCUAAACUAAAACUUGUAGUUUUAUCUUGUAUUUUAAAGAAAAUGUGUUGUAUAAACAGGGGGGGGGGGAAGCCCUGUUACUGUUAAACAUGAUGCUGACAUAGGGAUGAAGAAAUCUGUAUUUAAUCACUUUAAAAAAACAAGCUGAUUUUCAUCAGCAUCUUUUUAAAACGAGCCCACUUUUUUUGGGGGGGGGGGAAUAUGGAUUCAGAGAACCAAAUUUUAGACACCUGCGUUUUGGAAAUAUUGGUCCUAAUACUUUUGUUUACAUUUAAAGUAUUUGUUUGUGAGUGAGUGAGUAUGUGUGUCUGUGUCCAUCAGUUAUAUGUUGAGACAGAUAGGGUACAAUCCCCAGGGAAACUCUCUAGUGCAAACCCCCCC